AUGAAGAGAUUAAGCAUUGCAAUGGUAUCCGACUUCUUUUAUCCGGUAAUGGGGGGAGUGGAGACCCAUAUAAGGUAUUUGAGCGAGGAGUUGAUUUCAAUGGGGCACAAGGUCAUAGUCAUUACACACAAAAUAGGGGACCUUGUUGGAUGCAGAGCUGUGGGAAACAUAAAGGUUUAUUUUCUCGAUAUUCCUGUUUUAUGCAGAAACACAACAUUCCCAAGUCUUUACUCCAACCUUCCUCUGUUCAAGGAAGUCUUCGAUAACGAAAAGAUCGAGAUAGUUCAUGGUCACCAGACAAUGUCGAACAUGUGUAUUGAGGCUUUAUUUCAUGCAAGAACAUUGAACCUCAAGACAGUGAUCACAGACCACUCGAUAUUCGAGGUGGGUCCCUUUGAGAACAUUGUUGUUAACUCCCUGUGCAGACUUGCACUGAAGAACAUAGACAGAUGCAUCUGCGUAUCCUACACAUCCAAGGAAAACACUCAUAUCAGAACCAUGAUCCCCCUUGAAAAGAUCCACGUUAUCCCCAAUGGAAUAGUCUCGGACAUCUUCUAUCCUAGGGAAAAAAAGCAGUCCGAUGAAAGAAUUGUUGUGGUAGCAUCUAGACUUAUGUUUAGGAAGGGAAUAGAUCUGCUCAUUGGAGCAAUCCCACUAAUCUGUAAGGGAGAUCCAGAAGUGAGGAUUAUUAUAGUGGGAGAUGGGCCUAUGAAAGAAGGAAUCGAACAGGUUUUAGACGAAAACGAGCUUUACGACAGAGUGGAGAUAAUUUGUGAGGUAGAUCACGGAGAGGUUGGAGAUAUAAUGAGAAGGGGUGAUGUCUUUCUCAAUACAUCCUUAACAGAGACCUUUUGCAUAGCCAUAGUUGAGGCAGCUUCGUGUGGCCUCCAUGUUGUAAGUACCAACGUCGGUGGGAUCCAUGAAGUCUUACCUCCAGACAUGAUAACAUUCAGCAAAAUUACAUCUGAAGACCUUGCCGAGAAAGUACUGAUGGCUUUGAAAAAAAACAAUCAUAAUCCGCAGGAUUAUAACAAAAGACUUAGAAACAUAUAUAGCUGGGAAAGAGUAGCAAAGAUGACUGAAAAGGUGUAUGUUGACAUCAAAGAAACUUCUCUCAGCUACUUGGACAGGAGAAAGGAGUUUAAGGGCGCCACAGGCUUUAUUUCGAGAUUCAUGAUAACCAUGGAGUAUAUAUUCCUCUUUUUCCUUGGUGGAAAGAGCAGGUAA